CAGCCAAUCAGGUGACAGCAUGAGGCGACAGCAGGACUCGAUGAGCGCGAGCGUGAGUCCAGCGACGCGUUUGAAAAUCGUUGAAUUUAAACAAUGAUUUCAAGAUCGUCGCUGGUUUUGUUUGCAGUUUUCUGCUUUGGUUUAUGCGAUGAUGGCCAUGAAAUGGAAGAGUUUUUAAAGAGAGAGUAUUCCCUGUCAAAGCCUUACCAGGGUGUGGGCGUCUCGGGCUCGUCUCACUGGGAGUUAAUGGGAGAUGCUCUGAUCACUACGGAUCAUGUUCGUCUCACUCCAGAUCAGCAGAGCAAACAGGGAGCCAUAUGGAGCCGAAUGCCAUGUCACCUGAGGGAUUGGGAACUACAGGUUCACUUUAAGGUUCACGGUCGAGGGAAGAAGAAUCUGAACGGUGACGGUCUGGCGGUCUGGUACACGAAGGAGCGCAUGAGGAGAGGUCCGGUGUUCGGGAACCGGGAUUUCUUCACUGGACUCGGUGUGUUUGUGGACACGUAUCCCAACGAGGAGAAACUUCUGGAGGCUCAGAGGAAGCGAUACACGCCGCGCACGCAGCGUAUCUUCCCGUACGUGUUAGCUAUGGUGGGCAACGGCUCGAUCAGCUACGACCACGAUCGGGACGGGCGUCCCUCAGAACUGGGCGGCUGCAGCGCGAUGGUGCGAAACCUGAAGCACGACAGCUUUCUGUUCAUCAGAUACGUGCGCCGCAGACUCACGAUCAUGCUGGAUAUCGACGGGCAGCACGAGUGGAGAGAUUGCCUGGACGUUCCCGGUGUUCGUCUGCCGCAGGGCUUCUACUUCGGAGCGUCAGCCGUCACUGGAGAUCUGUCAGAUAACCAUGACCUCAUCUCCAUGAAGCUGUACCAGCUGACGGUCCUGCGCAGCAAACAGGAGGACGAGGAGCAGGAGGAGGUUCUGGUUCCCAGCGUCGACAACAUGGAGCUCCUGAGACCGUACGCAGACGAGGAGGGCACGAGCAGCAUCAGCAUCUUCUUCUGCGUGCUCUUCUCCAUGCUGGGAGUGUUUCUGCUGGUGGUGGUGGGACUGGUUCUGUACGGGCACUGGAGCGAGAGCCGGCGCAAGCGCUUCUACUGACACACACACAAACACACACACUCUGUCCAGGGGAAUAACCUCAGCGAUGAACACUCGACCUGUCGUCAUGAUUAUGAUGAUGAUGAUGAAGAUGUGAUGGGCAUCACGAGUCUUAGAUGUGAAUGUCUUUCUCUAACUCCUGCUGCCUUCAUUCUCUCAACCAGUGCUAUAUUUAUUGUAUAUUAUAUAUUUAUUAAUUGUUUGUACAGAACGUCUAACAUCUUGUCACCUGAUUCAGAUGGGAAAUCUGAGGAGCCCAUGGAAUCAGAAUUAAAGUUUUGUUGAUU